AAGGCGGGGUCGGACGGGGGAGGGGAGGGCCGUGCUGCUGGUCGCUCCUCCUCCUCCACCCGCUCUGCCCCUCCUGGACCUUGUGGGCCGGGCAGCCAUUUUGGGAAGAGCUUUGUUAUGGUUGUGGACUAGCCGCCUCUGCCGGGUCGACAAGCUGGGGACGCGUCCUCAGACGCAGCGUCUAGUCCCUGGCCAUAGCUCCGCCGCUGCCCGUUGGUGUCUCACCUUUAACUCUCCUUAUGCUGGGUGAAAACAAAGAGUGAUAGAUUCGUGUGGCCUUUCAAAUGAUUGUGAAGUGGUGGAAAUGGAUCCAAAAUAAUAAGUGACUUCUCUACCAAAGCAUAGAAGAUUCUUCAUAUCUCCUUCCAGUGGCUCAAUUCAGAUUUUGGGAAGGAGCAGAACAAGUGAAACACAGAAAACUGAAGAGAAGAAAUCCUCAUUUUGGACCUAUAUUUCUCCUUGACUAUUUCUUAAUAUCCAUCCUACCCAUCUUUCUAAUGUUUUAACUUUGCUCUGAAUUUAUAAAUAGUAAAGGCCAAAGACAUAGAAUAUACAUUUAGGAGCUUUAUACCAAGAAAUUUGCCUUGAAAGCUGCUGUUCGUGGAGGGAAAAGUGUAGCAAAUUCCUAUUUUUAUUUUUUAUUUUUUUUUUUAACAAAGACAAGAUUUAUGUCCCUAGAUUUUGAAGGUUAAGGCAAAUAUAAAUACAUAUCUGCACACUAUUUUUUAGCAGUUGCAUGAGUAAGAGUAAUGAGAUUUGUAUUUUAAGGACUUUGUCAUGUGGAUGUUUUGGAGUUGACUGCUCAGAUCUUUUAUAGGGCUUUAAUAUUUUUGAUCUAUUACCUUGAUGACAUUAUUUGUCCACACUUGAGCCCAUCUGUCUUUCUAGCUAUGACCUUGUUAUGAACAGUAUUUGCACUCGGUGCAAAUAUCCAUGUCUUACCUAAUUAAGCAACAUCAUAGUGCCAUAACUCAAGGAAGUUGAAUGAGGUGAACAUAGAUACAGCUCUUUCCCCUUCCCCCCCUUUUUAAAUGUAACAAAUACUUUUUAUGUUCCCCUUCCCCCCUUCCCCUUUUCCCCUUUCCCCUUUUGGAAACGUGUCAGGAACCAAAUAGUUUAAGAUGAGCAGUUGAGGGGACUGAGAGAGUGAUCCACACAGAACCUGGCUUCUUCGUGCUUCAUCAUAAGUCGUGCUGCCGGCCAGGUUACUUAAGCACCCUUUUAACAAGAAAACCUUGUGGGAGAUCCAGCUGGCCAACUCGAGUUCAGAAACAGGACCACAGAGGUUACACUCUGCGAUUCACUGGGCGCAGUGACUCACACCUGUAAUCCCAACACUUCGCGAGGCUGAAGCAGGAUGAUCUCUUGAGGCCAGGAGUUCAAGAUCAGCCUGGGCAACACAGCAAGACCCUUCCUCUAACAAAAAAUAAAAAUAAAUCUUCCAGGCUCAUGUUACAGUUUUCUUUUGUUUAGAACUUUUGUUUUAACAAAAAUUGCUUUUAUUUAGAACUUCUCUGAAUUAUAAGGCUUGAUCCUGGCCAUGAGGUUGGAUGCCUCACCUUACUGAAAGGAGACACUGGACCUAAAUGGCGCAGCAUGAUUUUGUUCCUGCUUGGCUAAAUUUCUCAACACCACAGUCAGCUAAGUCACCUACUGCCACCUUCGAAAAACACGGAGAGCACCUACCCAGAGGAGAAGGCAGAUUUGGAGUAAGCCGCCGUCGACAUAAUUCCUCUGAUGGUUUUUUUAACAAUGGUCCCCUACGAACUGCAGGAGAUUCUUGGCACCAGCCCUCCCUGUUCCGCCAUGAUUCUGUGGACUCUGGUGUCUCUAAGGGAGCAUAUGCUGGAAUCACAGGGAACGCAUCUGGUUGGCAUAGCUCUUCCCGAGGUCAUGAUGGCAUGAGCCAACGUAGUGGGGGUGGCACAGGGAACCAUCGCCACUGGAAUGGCACCUUCCACUCCCGGAAAGGAUGUGCUUUUCAGGAAAAGCCACCUAUGGAGAUUAGGGAAGAAAAGAAAGAAGACAAGGUGGAAAAGUUGCAGUUUGAAGAGGAGGACUUUCCUUCCUUGAAUCCAGAAGCUGGCAAACAGCAUCAGCCAUGCAGACCUAUUGGGACACCUUCUGGAGUAUGGGAAAACCCGCCUAGUGCCAAGCAACCCUCCAAGAUGCUAGUUAUCAAAAAAGUUUCCAAAGAGGAUCCUGCUGCUGCCUUCUCUGCUGCAUUCACCUCACCAGGAUGUCACCAUGCAAAUGGGAACAAAUUGUCAUCCAUGGUUCCAAGUGUCUAUAAGAACCUGGUUCCUAAGCCUGUACCACCUCCUUCCAAGCCUAAUGCAUGGAAAGCUAACAGGAUGGAGCACAAGUCAGGAUCCCUUUCCUCUAGCCGGGAGUCUGCUUUUACCAGUCCAAUCUCUGUUACCAAACCAGUGGUACUGGCUAGUGGUGCAGCUCUGAGUUCUCCCAAAGAGAGUCCCUCCAGCACCACCCCUCCAAUUGAGAUCAGCUCCUCUCGUCUGACCAAGUUGACCCGCCGAACCACCGACAGGAAGAGUGAGUUCCUGAAAACUCUGAAGGAUGACCGGAAUGGAGACUUCUCAGAGAACAGAGACUGUGACAAGCUGGAAGAUUUGGAGGACAACAGCACACCUGAACCAAAGGAAAAUGGGGAGGAAGACUGUCAUCAAAAUGGUCUUGCCCUCCCUGUAGUGGAAGAAGGGGAGGUUCUCUCACACUCUCUAGAAGCAGAGCACAGGUUAUUGAAAGCUAUGGGUUGGCAGGAAUAUCCUGAAAACGAUGAGAAUUGCCUUCCCCUCACAGAGGAUGAGCUCAAAGAGUUCCACAUGAAGACAGAGCAGCUGAGAAGAAAUGGCUUUGGAAAGAAUGGCUUCUUGCAGAGCCGCAGUUCCAGCCUGUUCUCCCCUUGGAGAAGCACUUGCAAAGCAGAGUUUGAGGACUCAGACACCGAAACCAGUAGCAGUGAAACAUCAGAUGACGAUGCCUGGAAGUAGGCAUAUAAAUGCUCACAGUUAAAUCUGACCCAGUAAACUCUGUGUGUUUAGGGAGUAUACAAAAGAAAUCGUUCUUUUCCUUUUCUUAUGUUGUUGAAUACUUCAUUCACAAGGGAAAUAAUCAUAUCCCAAAGAGAGAGCGAUUGGCUUGUUUUGCUUUUGUUGUUGUUCUUCCCUGUUAUCUGCUUAAUAGAGAGAAGUUUGUGUGGUGGGACAGAUUUUUUAAACACACACACACACACACACACCCCCAGUAUAUAUGGGGCGAUGCACAGGUAGGAGCUGGCAGUGCAGGGAAGAGGAGACACUGGUCUGCAGCAACAGCUUCUACUACCAGCCCUUGGGGCACUCACCCCUGUGAUCAAGUAAUCAUUGUCAAUGACAAAGUGACUAUUGAAGUUAUAAUUGUAUUAAAUUAAUGCUAAUAAUUUGGAUAUUUUAUUUUAUUUUUGGCUGCUCGGGUAACUUUAGCCCUUAACCAAGCAUAUGUGGGUUUUUUUGGUUGUUUUUUUGUUUUUGUUUUUUUUCUUUUUCCUUUCUGGGUACAGCUGUAAAAUAUUUGGAUAUAGGAAAUGUUGUGUUAUUCUUGCAGCCUUGAUAUUCAGGGUGGAUUGUAAAAUAUAAAUUUUUGUGAGAUUUCAAAGAUUAAGAUUAUUUUGAUAACAUUAUUUACAGAGUUAAAAGAUGUGGUUAUCACAAGUCUCGAGGGGGAAACUACUGCAUAAAAUAACUAACUUGGAAUAAAUAUUUUGCAUCAGUUUGGAUUGUCUUGUGUAAGAAGUAUAUUUUCUUUAAAAUUAGAUGAGUGGAUUCUUUUUUAGGGGAAAUAUUUUUAGAAGUUGGGGGGAAAUGUGAAUUCAGACACAACUGUUUCUCUUUUUAGCAGAUACUUUUUUGAUGCAGAAAAACCUGUGCAAUAAAUUACCAGUAAUAAAGUCAGAAACCAA